UAGCAUUGUUAGCUUUGCGUACUUCUGCACGCGGUUAGUUUGAUUUUGGCGUGGAGAUGGGUAGGGUUAUUCGUAGCCAGCGUAAGGGUGCCGGAGGUGUUUUCAAAGCGCAUACCAAACAUCGUAAAGGAGCUGCUAAGUUGCGUCCAAAUGAUUUCGCUGAACGACAUGGUUAUAUUCGCGGUGUCGUUAAAGAAAUAAUUCAUGAUCCGGGUCGUGGCGCUCCGUUAGCCAAAGUGUCCUUCAGAGAUGUAUAUUCAUACAAGUUGAUCAAGCAGACAUUUAUCGCGGCGGAAGGCUUGCAUACUGGACAGUUCGUGUACUGUGGUAGAAAAGCCAAACUUCAGAUUGGCAACAUCCUCCCAAUAGGUGCAAUGCCUGAAGGAACCGUGGUUUGCAAUCUGGAGGAGAAGUGUGGUGAUCGUGGGAGGUUAGCUCGUGCAAGUGGGAAUUAUGCAACUGUUGUCGCUCACAAUCUCGACACUAAACGAACUCGUGUCAAACUACCAUCAGGUGCAAAAAAAGUUUUGCCAUCGACUUGCCGUGCCAUGGUUGGUCUCGUUGCUGGCGGUGGUCGGGUAGACAAGCCUAUUUUAAAAGCAGGUCGAGCCUAUCAUAAGUAUAAAGCUAAAAGGCAUUGUUGGCCCACAGUCAGAGGUGUUGCCAUGAACGUCCUGCUCCUGGAUUUUGUGACGCUACGUUGACGUCAGAUUUCAAGUCCGGGCAAUUAAGAUUGACAUGCUUAAAGUACGGUCGCCAUAAAUGUCAAUCCUCGCUUGGUUAGCUUUUUCCACAACUUUGUUUAACAGUAGAAACUGAGCGUCUAUAUUGUGCCUCUAAUUAGUGCAUGCCGAUGAAUUAUUCUUUUUGAUAAACUUCAAGUGAACAAACUCGGACAAUAGUCAACAAUCAUAAUAUCUACGUAUAAUUAUCCCACUUUGGUCUUCUAUAUAUUUGAAUUUCUGACCCCAAAUCUUUCUUAUCAUCACUGAUACUGUCACUACCUCCAAUAGUCUGAGGUUGGGCCUAACAUUUCUACGUGAGUGACUGAGCUAUCCUACGUAAAUUAAGAAUACAACCCCUGACAUUUCAUCAUCCAAGGAGCAGUUUUCUGUAAUCGCAUUGGGGACAUUAGUAAAUCUCAAGAUUUGUUUGCGAAAAGCUUGCAAGAUCUAAGUCUCCAUUAACUUCGAGUAACUGAGUUCCGAAGUUUUAGGUAGCCUAUUGUAAGUAAUAUUGUUUAAAGUCUCAACGAACGCAGAACCUUUAACAUGGUCAUGAACAGUUAAUAACUGCUGAUACAUCGUUGUUAAUCACGUUACUUCAUAAAAUAUCUCACUAGUUUUACUGCAGACGUUUUCAUUUCUUUUUUAUAAAAAGCGUGAUCUAAGAUUCUGCCGUCAACAUAAUGUGAAGAUAUGGCCGCAGCAAGUAGCUAGCAUACUAGUUAUGUACAAAAAAUUUGAAGUGUAACAAGUAGGGGUUAAAAUGUUACUAAAAUAUCCCAGUUAGCUCAGCCUUCAUUUUCGAAAUGCUCGACAUCUAGCUGACUGAUACGUGAAUAGUACUAACGUACUGUCAUGCUCAACUUGUCAUACGCGAAUCUAACGUGUUACAAUACAAUGAUAUACUAUAUUUACAACUAUUGGAAGGCAGUUUUUAAGUGACACACAAUCAUCGGUUAGGUGAAGGUGUUAAAUAUAUUGGCAAUUUGAUCAUACUUAAUUUUGCUAUGAAUCUUCCAAGUGUACUUCCACGUGUUUAACAUUUUCAUAAUGUCAGUUCGUUAUACAAGUAUGUCAAAUAUCUGCACUUUCUUACUGUUGACAGCCUGUCGAGCAUCCUCACGGUGGU